AUGUUUGGGAGGAUUGGGCUUGUAUGCAGUCACAUUUUUUGGGUCUUGAGAAACAAAAAAACGAAAUUAAUCCCUAAUGAAUUACAUGGAGGACGUUGGUUGAAGUCUAAAUUUGUCAAGGUUGUGCAUUGUGGGUUUGAUGAUGAUAUUGAAACAUUUAUUGUUGUGGAUGAGACGAAGCAGGAGUAUAGGGAUAUGCAUGGAGAUUUUUAUGAUAUUGCACGGCUUAUUGAAGGAGACGGUGAUAAAAUUCGAGCAUUUAGACAAAUUAUGGCUGAAGGGAGAAAAGAAGUACUUGGUGAGGGAAAUGUGUUGUCAAUUAGUGAAAAGAGACUAAUGAUUGAGAAGUUUUAUGGAUCACAUGUCCCUAGUCAAAUAGAUGUUCAUUAUCCAGAUGUCGUCAAAACCAAAGGUUCCUGUCGACGUCUUUCCCGGCUUGAGAAGGAAAUGAGAGAGAUGUCCAAGCCUGGUCGGAAAUGUGGAAAAUGUGGCGAGGUUGGUCGGCAUGAUUCAAGAAAUUGUGACAAGAUACAGGAGGAGAAGAACAAGAAAAAGAGGAGAAACCAAUGUUGA